UCCGACGCUUUGGGCCCUUUAACACUAUGGGCUCAAGCCCCGGUAAGACCCUUCGGUAAAACGGCCCUGCAUGCAAUUAUUUUUGUAGGCGUAGCCUACAGUGCUGAACAGUCAACCGUAGUAUUGCAUUAAGUAAUACGUUAAACUGGAACAGACGAUGUUCUGCAUUCCUGGAGUCUAACCAGAUGUUCCUUUUUUACGAACUGGGUAAAACUUUGUAAGCGAAGUCGUGUGCGUGAGACUAGAGCGCCCUCCCCUACCGUUCCGUACAUUAUGUUUCCAGACCGCAUAUAGUAUUCUGCGGAUUUAGGACUACGUAGCCUACAACAAGAAACUUUCUCCGCUGGUUACGCUCUCGACCGUUAGAGGCUUGUCUGUGCGUCUCCUCAGCAGUGCAGACACCAUGGAACCCACAGCUUCAGACACCCUGGCUAGUGGGGAGGAGAAACCUGAGACCGUCAGGGGGCGUGGCCGCGGGAUGAAGGACAGGGGAAAGUGGGCCAAUAAAACGGAGUUCCGCCUGGCAAUGGCUGGAGCCGUAAUUGGGCUGAACAACAUCUGGCGCUUCCCCUACGUCGUCUACUUGUGCGGAGGAGGUGUGUUCCUUGUCCUCUACCUGCUGUCCCUGUUUUUCUGCGGGAUGCCCGUGCUUUUCCUGGAGACGGCUAUCGGGCAGUUCACCAGCGAGGGUCCUUUCACCGCCUGGAGGAAGAUGUGCCCCAUAUUUCAGGGCAUUGGAAUUGCUUCUCAAGUCAUUGUGUUAUGUCACAGUGUCACUAACGUCGUCAUUUUGGCCUGGACCCUUUUCUACCUCUACAACUCCUUUACAAACCCCUUACCGUGGUCCAGCUGCAAAAACGUCUGGAACACAGCUGGUUGUUGGAACCAAAGCACCAGUGCUGAUUGGUCAUACUUCGACAAUGCCAGUGAUCCCUACCCUGGCUUUGAACGUUCUGCGGAGGAAGAGUUUUGGAAGUUUCAUGUGGCGGGGGAUAGGGAUAGUGAAGAGUUUUCUGCUGAUUUGGGAGGAGUACGCUGGGAUCUGGCCCUUUGUCUGCUCCUGGCCUGGGCGGCCUGCUACUUCUGCGUCUGGAAAGGGGUCAAAUACAUCGGCAAGGUGGUCUACUUCACUGUGGCGUUCCCCUUCCUCCUGCUUUUCAUCUUCUUCAUCCGCGGAGUGACGCUGCCGGGGGCCUGGCGGGGGAUCACGUAUUUCAUCUCUCCGCAAUUUUAUCCGCUCCGCCACGGAUACGUGUGGUACCACGCUCUGUUCGAGGCCUCGUACACCCACGGCGUGUGUCACGGAGUCCUCGUCACCCUAGGCAGUUACAACACAUACAAGCACGACUGCUACAAGGACUGCCUGGUGCUAUGCGCCGUGACCACUGGGACCAGUAUAUUUGCUGGUGUUGUAAUGUUCGCCCUGCUGGGGUUCGGAGCGGAAUCUGCCGGCGUGUCACUUGAUGAAAUCCUCUCGUUUGGGCCGGUACUGCCUUUCGCUUCUAUGUCCAGAGUGUUUUCUGCGCUGCCGGUACCACAACUUUGGUCUGUACUCUUCUUCCUCAUGGUCUUCUUCUUUGUUCUUGACAACCAGUUCUUGAUGACGGAGAGCCUGGUCACCACCAUCAGCGAUGUAUUCCCUGAAGCGCUGCGGAAACGCCACGAGGUGCUCGUGCUGGUCACGGUCGCGGUCUGCUUCCUGCUCGGCUUGCCCCUGGUCACACGGGAGGGGUACACCAUGACUGCCAUUUUCGGUGUGUCCGCGAUUAGCCUGAUGUUUAUCAUGUUUUUUGAAACGAUCGCAAUUGGAUGGAUCUACGGUGCAGACCGUUUCUAUGACAACAUUGAGGACAUGAUUGGAUAUCGGCCAUUUCCCUUGAUAAAAUACUGCUGGCUGUUUGUCGCUCCCUUGUGCGGUAUUGCUUCCAUCAUCUACAGUCUGGCCACGCCCUGGAUUGAAUCGGGCAUUUGGACCCCCCGCAUCGGGGUUUUUCUGUUGCUCUUGCCGAUGUUGUGCAUUCCUCUCUUUGUGGUGGUGGCCAUUUCCAAGAAUGAGGAUGACGUCACAACGCCUGCCAGUGACCUGAAACAGGCCCGUCCAUCCAAGCCGCGGCUGAGUCUGUGCAAGAACGCCAUCUUUAGGGGAAGCGAAUCAGAUGGCGUGCGAGCGUCUGGGGAGAAGCCGGCCGAAGAGGGCACCACUGCCGUCUGAAGACAAGUCUCUGGUGAUGUCAUAGACCCUCAACUAUCAGCAUGUGACCCGGUCACUGCUACGCAGUCGUCCUCUCUACGGCGGCCAGAAUGGUUUCCAUGAAUCGACCAAAAAAGUCAAUCAUCAUCCAGCAUUCAACGCUUUUGUUAUAAUAAUCAUACAUUACAUUAUCACAGGUGCUACUCCCAGUUCAUUAUUAAGUCAUGUUAUCAGCCUCUUCUUUAGUACAGUUGAGCAAUUGUGUUUUCACACUGCUGAUUUGGUGUUCACCCGAAUGAGGUUUUAGGAAAAAGACAGGAAUGUUUGUGUCCACUGUCACAACAGGGACUUCCACACACAAAAUUAUAAGUCUUUACUUAUUGAAAAGAAAUUCAUCCUGUAGUUACACACACGUGCGCACACACGCACACACACAAAAACAGUUUUUUCCAAAAGGUUCGGAUCAUCAUCUUUCAAAUUUGAUAACAGAGGCACACUGACGGCGCAGAACUGUUUGUGUACGCGCUGACAGGUCUCUCUGUCAGACGAGUUAUGAGUGUUGACACUGUUGUGGCAAGUGAUUAGCUUUCAAACCUUAUCUACAAUAUUUGUAGGUCACUUAUUUCCCCUGGGAAGUGAUCUAUGUCCAUUAUGAGCCACUGGCGAAAUGACCUCGAACAUUCAAAUUCACAUCAUCUUUCUGUCCAUUGUAGUCCUAUGACAUUUAUAGAAAUUUGUACGAUGCCCUAACCAUUUUUUUUUUUUUUUUGAAAACCUACUUACCCGUACUAAGAUUAGCUAGAUUAACUUGAUUAACUUGGUGAAAUUAAAAUACAUUAUAGUAGUUUUUGCUUGAAGUGUAUUCAAGCCGUUUUUAUACUCUUUGCAUGAUACAGGACCUAAUUUUUCAGAUGCAGUCCUUUACAUUAAUGUCUCAUUAACUAUUGUACAUUAAAAUUGGGUGUUUGAGCUCUU